GUCGGCAACUUUUUCAUCGAUCAUCAGUUGUACGCGCCCCACCACUGGUAGAUCUCUCUAGAAAAACUGUCUCGUCCACGCGCGCUUGAGAUAGCACAAAUUUAAUAUAAUUAUUCUGUUUUACUGUAAAUCUUUCCAAUAAACGUAUUUUAAUCGUCUAAUAAAAGGAAAUUAUUGAAGAGCACCCCGAAUACUGCACAAAAUUGAUCCUGCGGCCGGAUGACGAAGAGGAUUCUUCAAUCGUGAGAAGACCACGUCGAUGCGAAUACUAUACGUCGUGGACCUCCUAGUCAACGCUAUACGUCUACGUGUGAACCAGAUCAGCAGUUAAACGAAUCGGUUAGUGACGUGUCGGGUGAUUGCCGUUCCAGUCCCGCUUAAAUCGUGAGUACUUUACCCUAUUUUCCAAGCCCACAAAAUGCCUGGUGAUGAUAAUUUAGCUGUGCCUUCAGCACGAUCAGUUUCUCCCUCAAGAAAAGCGAUUAAUUCAAAUAUUUCUGACCUCAAAAAACAAAGAGGUGUCUUGAGAGGUAGAUUGACUCAAUUUUCUAAAUACUUAGAUUUAUUUGAAAAUAAUAGCCCAUCUAAGCUUCAAAUCAAAGAAAUAAAGUUUAGAAUGCAGGCGGCGAUAGAUAUUUAUCAAAAUUUUAAUAAAAUCAAUAGUGAAAUUCUUUGCUUAUCAGAUGAGUCAGUCGAUAACGAAUAUGUCGAGUCAUUUGAGUCGUUAUAUUUUAGCGCUUUAGCUAAUGCUGAAUGCUUAAUCGAAAGUGAUGAGACUGGGGACAGUUCUAGUGAUUUUAGGUCUAGUUCGAAUACGAGUAAACCUCGCGCGCAUGUUAAACUUCCCGAGAUAAAGUUGCCUACCUUCGACGGGCAGUAUGAUCAGUGGCUUGAAUAUAGAAAUUCCUAUAUUACAAUGAUCCACAAACGUACAGAUUUAGAUGCGAUUCAAAAAUUUCAUUACUUACGUUCUUCACUCAGUGGAAGUGCCUUACAAGUUAUUAGUGCAUUGGAAUUUACUGCGUCUAACUACCAACAUGCGUGGGAGUUACUAGAAAACAGAUUUCAUAAUGCGAGACUCCUAGUUCAUAAUCACAUAAAAUCGUUAUUUUCUCUUUCCAAUAUAAAACAAGAAUCGGCCUCACUAAUUCGCAAACUUAUUGAUACUGUGUUACGCAACCUCCGUGCAUUGAAGACACUAGAGGAGCCUGUGGACACAUGGGAUACCUUAUUAAUUUAUUUAAUUGUGUCGAAGCUCGAUUUAGCUACGGAGAGUGACUGGGAAAAACAUAAGGGCACUCUUGUUUUAAAUUCGUCACGAAAGUUGAAAUUAGAUGAUUUGCUAAGGUUUCUUAGGAAUAAAGCGGAUAUGUUGGACAUGAUCAGUGCUAAUCAUAACAAGUUGCAAUCGAAACCAACAAAUAAUGCAACCAAUCAGGCCAAUAAUAAAGUUCAUAGUUAUGUCUCAACAAAUAAUAGUAAUUCCAAAAAUAAAUUCACUAGUAAUAAUAAUAAACGUCAUAAAUGUCCUUCAUGUAACGGUAAUCAUGCUUUGUAUAUGUGUUAUAAUUUUUUGAAUUUAUCUGUACAAGACAGGUCCUUAUUCGUAGAUAAAAAUAAUUUAUGUCGCAAUUGUUUACGAUCUGGACAUGUACUUUCAGAUUGCACGUUUGGCCCAUGCAAGCAAUGUCAGGGCAAACAUAAUAGUCUACUCCACUUUAAUAGUUCUAAUAAAAACAGUGUUAACAGUGACGCCAUGUCCAGUUCUCCCCAGGCUACCUCAAUGCCGACCGCGGCGCUGUUAUCAGUAGGCGGUGAUCCCUUCUAUUCGAAUACAUACACAUGCGCAGGCGAUCUACCACUGCAACCUGUUUUGUUAUGCACGGCAUUAGUGGAUGUGAUUGAUAAAGAUAAUCGUAUGCAUACAGCCCGAGCGCUGUUAGACUCUGGGAGUCAACAUAGUUUUAUUUUAGAUAGAUUAAGAAAACGUCUUAAUGCGCCUCUUAUACAGUCCACUAUUCGAAUUUCGGGUGUCGGACAAUCAGUGUCGCACUCUAAUCAUUUAUGCGAAAUUACUUUUAAAUCAAAAAUAUGCGAUUAUACGGCGAAGGCCAGAUGUAUUGUCUUGCAGCGCAUAACAAACGGUUUGCCCACGACAUGCAUUGAUGAAGCCCUCAUACGAAUGCCAAAUAAUAUUCAGCUUGCUGAUCCGUCUUUCUGUGUUCCUUCAGAUAUCGAUUUAUUGAUUGGUGCAGAUUUAUUUUGGAGUUUGUUAUGCGAAAAUAGGAUUCAAUUAUCGAAUGGUCCCUGCUUACAAAAUUCGAAGUUAGGUUGGCUUAUUUCUGGUCCUAUAAACAACAAUAAAAUUUUGUCUACCAAUCUAGUACAUUGUCAUUUGUCACAAACUCUGAGCGAACAACUUACGCGAUUUUGGGAAAUAGAAGAAAUGCCUCAGUCAGGUAGUCCUCUGACUAACGACGAGCGUUUGUGUGAGGAUUUGUUUGUUAAAACUACUAUUCGAAUGGCUGACGGUAGAUUCUCGGUACGUAUCCCGCUUAAAGAAUCAGCUGACUCGUUAGGCGAUUCUUAUACGUUAGCAAAAAAUAGAUUUUUUUCAUUAGAACGUAAAUUAGAACGUUCUCCUGAUUAUAAACGUAUGUAUGUCGAAUUUAUGCGUGAAUAUGAAGCUUUGGGACAUAUGGAACGCAUAGAUAUGCCCAAAAGCCCUAAUUAUUUUUUACCACACCACGGUGUUUAUAGGGAAGGUGCUGUGACUACUAAAUUACGCGUUGUUUUUAAUGCUAGUGCUGUCACUACUUCGAAUAAAUCGUUAAACGAUAUACAGUUACCAGGUCCAGCACUUCAAAAUGAUAUAUUCGGUAUUUUAUUAAGAUUUCGUCAGUACAAGUAUGUUGCCUGUGCCGAUGUUUGUAAAAUGUUUAGGCAAGUCAUGGUUCAAUCAGAUCAAAGGUCGUUGCAACUUAUAGUUUGGCGUGAAAACCCAACUGAUCCUUUACAGGUCUACCAAUUAACUUGCGUGACUUAUGGUACUGCGUCAGCCCCGUACCUUAGUAUGCGUUGUAUUCGUCAGCUAGCCUCAGAGUGUGAAGAUAAAUUUGUUGCUCGCGUUAUUAAUGAUGAUUUUUUCGUUGACGAUCUAAUAACGGGACACGAUAAUUACAAAACCUUGCUAGACAUUUGUGAGAAAACACGCCAAGUCCUGCAGUCUGGAUGCUUCCCACUCCGCAAGUGGACAUUCAACUCUGACGUCACACGAUGUGCUUCGAUAAAGAAUUUCGAAGGCGAGCAUACUCAAAACAAAACAUUAGGCGUAGGUUGGAACAGCGAUAGUGAUGAGUUACACUUCACUACGAAAAUUGAUUUUAAUUCAGAUAAUUCAAAAUUGAAUAAACGUCAAAUGUUGUCCAUCAUAGCUCAAAUUUAUGACCCCUUAGGAUUAUUAUCAGCAUCUAUAAUAAUUGCAAAAAUAUUAUUGCAAAAGUUAUGGGCUAAUAAACUAAGUUGGGAUGAUGAAGUUCCUCAGGACAUUGCCGAAUCAUGGAAUUAUUUUAUCGGUACAUUAAAGUGCUUAAGCGAAUUAAAAAUUCCACGUUGCGUUUUAAAUACGGAUAGGCAAUAUACUGAGCUCCAUAUUUUCUGUGAUGCUUCUUCGAAUGCAUAUGGUGCAUGUGCCUAUAUACGUACCUAUAGCGAUGGCUCGUCAAAUCCCACAGUAAGACUUCUUUGUGCCAAAACAAAGGUCGCACCUUUAAAGUCACUUACUAUCCCAAGACUUGAGCUGUGUGGUGCUUAUGUAGGUGCUAAAUUGUAUAAACAUAUUGUAGAUUCGUUGAGAUUGUCCUUCACUAAAACUUACUUCUGGACUGACUCGACUAUCGUACUAGGAUGGUUACAAAUGUCUCCACAUUUAUUAAAAACAUUUGUUCAAACUCGUGUAGCAAAAAUUAAAAACAUAACAGAGGAGUCUGAGUGGCUACAUGUACCUAGUAAAGACAAUCCAGCAGAUUUAUUGUCCAGAGGCGUUUAUUUAAAUUUAUUAAUUGAUAAUAAUUUGUGGUGGAACGGACCGUAUUUUUUACAGUCUCGUGAAUUCAGUUUAGAUUUUAUACGUGAUAAUAAUGAGUCGGUAGAAUUAAAUGAUUUGCCUGAGUUAAAGCCUCCUACUAAAGUUAGCUUUGUUUGCAUUCCAGUCGAGAACGAUUUAUUUGAAUUCAAAAGAUAUUCGUCAUAUAUUAAACUUUUACGCAUAGGUGCAUUUGUUUUGAGAUUUAUAGAUAACAUUCGCAGCCGACAUCAGAGCGUCUCAAAACAACAAACCGGUUUUCUAACCACGGACGAGCUGCGUGCAUCACAGGCAUUGCUAGUAAAGUGUGCACAACGCGAAUCGUUCCCGGACGUUUAUGACAAUUUAUUGAAUAAUACGACCGUAAAAACAAAUAAAUCGCAAUGGAAUCGUUUAUCAGGUCUUAAUUUGUUUUUAGAUGAUCGUAAAGUAAUUAGAGUCGGUGGUAGGCUGUCAAAUUCGUCUGAUUUCAACUACGAUAAGAAACAUCCAGUGUUGUUAUGUAAUAAACAUUAUUUUACGUUACUGUUGGUUAGAUACGAGCAUAGACGUUUACUUCAUGCCGGUCCACAGCUGCUAUUGUCUUCACUGCGCGAGUGUUGGUGGCCACUGAGUGCUAGGAACUUAGUAAAGAAAAUAGUUCGUGAGUGUGUUACGUGUGCGCGAAUAAAAGGCAAAAUGUUAUCUCCUAUAAUGGGAAAUUUGCCAUCUGAGCGAUUGGAUGGUGGAUUUCCAUUUAUUACAACCGGCUGUGAUUAUUGUGGGCCACUGUUCAUACUGAACCGGAAGGGCAGAGGAGCCCAGUUAACUAAAGCGUACGUUUGUUUAUUUAUUUGUUUUCUUACUAGAGCUAUACACUUGGAACUUGUUACCAGUCUCACUACUGACGAUUAUAUUUUAGCUCUAAAGCGUUUUAUUAGUAGAAGGGGUAAACCUGAUACUAUUUACUCUGAUAAUGGGAGAAAUUUUGUAGGUGCAGAGAAAGAAUUCCCUAAAAUUUUGAGUGAAAAUUCGGAUAAAAUUAUAAAUUAUUCUACAAGUAAUGGAAUAAAUUUUAAGUACAUUGCUCCGUUUAGUCCCCACCAAGGCGGGCUGUGGGAAAGUGGGGUAAGGUUAUUUAAGUAUCAUUUUAGACGCAUUGUAGGCAACGCGAAACUAACUUAUGAGGAGUUUAGCACAGUUUUGACACAAAUCGAGGCUGUCCUCAACUCCCGUCCUAUGUCUCCUCUUUCCUCAGACCCUUAUGACUUCAACCCGCUAACGCCUGGUCAUUUCCUUAUUGGCCGGCCGUUGACUGCUCCUGCUAGCACCGACGACGUAGCAGCUGCGACAUCUACGACUCCGGCGCUCAACCGAUAUCGACGCAUCGAGCAAAUUCGUUUACAUUUCUGGCAACGAUGGUCGAAAGAGUACAUAGCUGAGCUCCAGACGCGGACUAAAUGGAAGACGAAUAAAAACGAUAUUGCCAUGGACAUAAAGGAUGAUAACCAGCCGCCUCUGAAGUGGAAAUUGGGACGGAUCGUGAAGACUUAUCCUGGUGCGGACGGAGUUUCUCGUGUUGCUGACAUACGGACGGCUACAGGAAUAAUAAGAAGAUCGUUCUCCAAGAUCUGCCCGUUGCCGCUGCAGCCCGAGAGUUGAAUAAAUCCAGAAGACGUCAUACUUUGGAAGUCGGAGUCUUCCAAGGCCGGGGGCAUGUUUAUGAUACCACUAUCGCCAUCUAUGAGUGAGAAGUCGGCAACUUUUUCAUCGAUCAUCAGUUGUACGCGCCCCACCACUGGUAGAUCUCUCUAGAAAAACUGUCUCGUCCACGCGCGCUUGAGAUAGCACAAAUUUAAUAUAAUUAUUCUGUUUUACUGUAAAUCUUUCCAAUAAACGUAUUUUAAUCGUCUAAUAAAA